GAGAGCCCUGACUGCGAUGAAUCCGUGAUUGUCGACGUCCUCUGAAAAUGCUAUCGACCUCCAGGCAUAGAACUAGGGUCGCAUGCUUGUCAUGUCGGCGGAAGAAGCUCAAGUGCAAUGGGCUCCAACCGUGCGCGACGUGUUCCGCAAAGUCAUUACCAUGUCUGUACGCGAGCGUGUCGUCUGAGCCUCGACGGCACACGCUGAAUGAACAACGACCGCUACCGCCUUUUUCACUGGGUGCCUCAGGCGUGGGAACCGCUGCCGCAAACCAUUACGCCUCCCGAACUCUUUCCGGCUAUCCCGCAAUCACACCAAGACCAUAUGGGGAGGCCCAAGGUGCGCCUAUCCAGGCAAACAGCAGCCUUUUCUAUAGUGCGCCGCUUCAAGACCCUAAUGAGGAGGAACACCUGAGCGAAGCAUCUCGGAUGCUCCAGGAUGGAAGAGGAAGACUGCUCUACCUUGGUGACUCGGCGUCUCUAUCGUAUCUUGACACGAUCCGAAGGCUUGUUGAGAAGACAGUCGGAGUGUCGGAUUUCACCAGUGAUCCUCACAAGCAUAGCCUCCUUGAGCUCCCGAUAUCCACAGGGUUGAAACCGACGCAUGUCCUUCCCGAUAGAGAAGCGGCCGAAUUUCUUCUUGAUUCAUUCUUCUCCAACACGGUAGGGGUUAUACAAGUCCUCGAUAGAGACGCUUUCAUAAAUGAGGUUGCUACGAUAUAUUCAAAUCCUUUGUCCGUGGAGCAGUCCCGGCUUUGCCUUUUAAACUUGGUGUUCGCAGUCGGAUUGCAAAUGUCCCAGAGCUCGGUAGCGCAUAAUUUUCGCGAGAGCCAGAUCCUAAAAAGACUCGGGUCUGACCUCACGGAGCGAGCGAAAAUAUUUUACCUAAAUGCCGCCCACCUCAAUGACCCUGUUUCGGGAUUUGAAGAUGGAGACAUCACUUCUAUCCAAGCACUUUUGCUUAUCACUCUAUUUAUGCUUACUAUUGCGAAGCGAAAUGCAGCAUGGGCUUAUUUCGGUAUGGCGGUUCGAUCCGCUUAUGCACUUGGAUUACAUAGAAAAACUACUGCUACCGCAUUUACACCCGCAGACCAACGCUUGCGGAAAAACAUUUGGAGAAGCAUGUACAUUUUGGACUGUUACCUGUCGGCAUCUCUGGGAAGACCGAAUGGUAUUAGUAGUCGUGACGCAGCAGAUUUGUUCACUGAUGAUGCGGACGAUGACCAACAUAUGUCAGAAUUGGAGGUCCUCGAAACCGCUGCACUGAGGGCGUCUGUGCGCGCAGCUCGCUUACUUGGAGAAAUCCUCAGCUCUGUGUACGCCGAACGGAAAAUAUCGGUGAAGUUUGUCCAGAAAUCUUCCAAACAGUUUCAAGAAUGGAAAGACGUCUUGCCAACUUCUCUCCAUUGGCGAAAUAUUUCCCUCCCAAAUGAAGACCCGCGAGCAACUCUAGCCCAGCUACAUGUUAACUUGUAUUAUUUCCAUGGGGUAAUUUUGCUUACAAGACCGUUCCUUUUACAAAAGAUCUUAAACCAAGCUAGGCUCCCAAGGGGUAAUGGGGAGAAUAUGAGGUCACCUGAGGCCACAAAAUCAGGACCCGGAAGCCCAUCCGCGCAGACGGAUUCAUUCUCGGCGGCCUGUGUGCGAGCUUCGCUAUAUAGCAUUGAUAUCGUCCAGUCCGCCAUUCUCAAGCGGGCGCUUCCUCGUCGAGAUCCUUUCGUCAUUUACUGGCUCUUCUCUGCGAGCUUGAUAGUUUUCUCCAACGCAUUCUGUAAUGUUUACGGGGACACUGAUAGCAAUCGCGCUAUGCAGACAUCCCUGGACUUGCAUCGCUAUCUUGCGGAAACUGAUCCAUUGGCGCAACGGUACCUUCAAAUCCUGACCUCGUUCCAUGAGACCAUUAGCGGCGACUCGGGCUCUCGAAUAGCGCCUUCAUCGUCGAGAAAUACAAACCAGGCGUUGUUUGCCAACUUUUUUGGCGAUAAGCCUCGAUUGCAGGGGACUGAUGCCGCCGGUUCGCACACCAGCUCCCACGCCAGCCCGAUGCAACCCAUGGACGCCGUAAAUCGACGCCCGUCAAGGGAUGACCAGCCUUUGCAGGCUACCCCAGCGACUACUGAGACACAAGCUGGAAAUGGUAAUCGUGAACCAAUUCAUAUGAGUCCCAAUCUGACUAUCGCGGAAAUCUCUCCCCCGGAUUACUCGUUGGACUUUGAUAAUUUCCUGAGCCUGGUCAGCCAGAGCGAGACGGCGUACCAACUAAACACCCAAUGA